AUGGCCAAUCUUGGACGGUUCAAUCCUCUUCGCUGGCGCAAUUCGGGCAAGAUCCCCGAGGUUCCGAGCGAACGGCAGGUUUCUCGAGAGGAAAAUGCCGGAUUCUGGUCCUUGCUUAGCUUUGCGUGGCUCAGCCCAUUGAUGAGUGUAGGCUACCGACGACCACUGGAACGAGGCGACAUCUGGCUCAUCCCUAAAGACCGAAGCGCCGCAGCGCUGCAUCAAAAGCUCGAAGCAUCUUUCAACCGUCGGGUUGCGACUAAGACUCGCUUCCCGCUGGCCUGGGCCUUGUACGACACUUUUACGGUGGACUUUUGGGUUGGUGGCAUCUGCCAGCUGCUGGCUGCGAUCACUCAGGUACUGGCCCCGUUUGUGCUGCGGUACCUGAUUACCUUUUCCAAGGAUGUGUACAACUCCAAUCUGGGGCUCGGCGAUGGGAACCGGCCCAGCGUUGGGGUGGGUAUGGCAUAUGUUAUUGCCAUUGGCGCGAUGCAGGUGAUUCAGAGCUUCGCGCUCGGCCACUUUGACUACCGCGGGAUGAGGAUGGGAGGGGAAGCCCGCGCCGCGAUUAUUGCUCUAGCUUUUGGGAAGUCUCUACGCAUUUCUACGAGAGCUAAGGCCGGAGGGUUGAAGCACCUAACGGAGGGCGGUGAGGGUCCCCAAGGCGAGGAGAAGAAAAAUGAAAAGAAGAAGAAGAAGGACGAGAAAAAUGACUCCGAGGGCUGGUCCAAUGGGCGCAUCAUGAGCCUCAUCGCGACUGACGCGGCCCGUAUCGAACAGGCCUGUGGUGUCUUUCACUUGAUCUGGACCUCGCCGUUCCAAAUCGUUCUCACCGUCGCCCUUCUGAUCGUCAACCUCGGUGUCAGCUCGCUCGCGGGAGUGGCCGUGCUGGUUGCCGGCCUCUACGCCCUCACCAAGAUGAUGAAGCCGCUGACCAAGGGCCGGGCCGCCAUUAACCACAUUACCGACCGCCGCGUGGGUCUAACUCAGGAGUUGCUACAGGGGAUCCGGUUCGUCAAGUAUUUUGCUUGGGAGGCCUUCUUCCUACAGCGGCUCAAGCCGAUUCGGGCGUCGGAAACUAAAGCACUGCAGGCAUGGCACGCGACUAAGAGUGCAAUCGGGGCCGUGUCAAUGGCGCUGCCUAUCUUUUCCAACAUGACGGCCUUCAUUGUGUACUCUAUAACUUCGCACGACCUGGAGCCAGCCACAGUGUUUUCGUCCCUGGCGUUGUUCAAUGGGCUGCGGACGCCUAUGAACUGGCUACCUGUGGCGAUUGGGUACGUUAUCGAUGCCUAUACCGCUCUGAAACGGACCGAAGAGUUCUUGCUUGCGGAAGACGCUGCGAAGCCGCCGGAGCCGGAGCCGGACUUGGUGGAUGCGGUGUGUCUCGAGGACGCCUCGUUUACGUGGGAAGAGGUACCCAAGGCCAAGAAGCCGUCGGAGGGGGCAUCGAAGAAGUCGGAAGCAAAGAAAGAAAAGUCGGGAGCAGUGUCUGUGUCCUUGGAUCGGUUGCGGCCCGACCGUUUCCGGGCCCAAACCUCGCCAGGUAAAGAAAAAGGGGCAGCCCCUGACGCAGCGAUUCCGGAAUCCGGACAACAACAGGGACAACAGCUCGACGAAAAAAAGGAAGCCAACAGUGAAACUCCUUUUCGUCUCCAAAACAUUACUUUACACGCCCCACGCUCCUCUCUUAUCGGCAUCAUCGGAACCGUUGGCAGCGGCAAGACCUCCCUGCUGAGCGCGCUCGCCAGCGACAUGCGCCAGACCGGCGGCCACACCCGCUUCGCCACCAACCGCGCCUACUGCCCCCAGUACGCGUGGAUCCAAAACGCCAGCAUCCGCGACAACAUUCUGUUUGGAAAGACCUAUGACCCCAGCUUCUACGCAGAUGUGGUCCGGGCGUGUGCCCUACUACCCGACUUUGACGCGCUACCCGAUGGGGAUCAGACCGAGAUUGGCGAGAGGGGCAUCACGCUGUCAGGUGGACAGAAACAGCGGAUCAACAUUGCGCGGGCGAUUUACUCGGAUGCUGGGAUCGUCUUGUUGGAUGAUCCGCUUUCGGCCGUCGACUCGCAUGUGGGUGCGCAUAUUUUCGAGCAGGCGAUUUGUGGCCUGCUGAAGGACAAGUGCCGGUUCUUGGCGACACAUCAGCUACAUUUUGUCUCGAGAUGCGAUCAAAUUGUGUGGAUGGUCGAUGGAAAAGUCGAGGCGGUCGGGACGUAUGAGGCGUUAAUGGACGGGAACAAGGGGUUUGCGAAAAUGUUUGCUUCAACGGGUGGUCAACAUGGAGAGCAGGAUCAAGAAGAAGGGGAGGAAAACACAGCUCUGGAAAAGGGGAAAGGGACGUCCUCCGGAUCGGGGGAAAACACGACACGAGAGGGCCCUGUGGAAACAAAAGGCACCGCCAAGCAGUUGAUGCAAGAAGAUGUCAAAGUUGUCGACAGUGUGUCGUGGGCUGUUUACGUGGCCUGGAUGCGGGCCUCGGGCAGCCUCUUCAGCAUUGUUGCGGUAUUGGUUUUGUUGUGCCUAUUCCGGGCGGCCAAUAUUUUGACGAGCAUCUGGCUCUCAUGGUGGGUGUCUGACACAUAUGGGCUAAGCCGCGGGGCGAACAUCGGCAUCUACGCAGCGCUCGGUGUAAUUCAGGGGGUGCUUCUAUUCGCUUUCUCCCUCGUGUCCACCACAGUAGGCACCACGGCUAGUCGGGCCAUGUCCAACGAGGCCAUGUGGCAGAUCCUCCGCGCGCCCAUGUCCUUUUUCGACACCACACCCUUGGGGAGGAUUAUUCAUCGGUUCACGAAGGAUGUCGACACCAUGGAUAACAACUUGACGGACGCCUUUCGGCAGUAUUUGAUCGUCCUGAGCACGCUGCUGGGCGUGUUUGGUUUGAUUAUUGCGUAUUUUUACUACUUUGUCAUUGCCCUCGCUGGUUGCACCGUCUUGCUUGCCCUUUGCGUUUCUUACUACCGACGGAGCGCCCGUGAGCUCAAGCGGCAUCACGCCAUUCUUGACGGUGCCGUCUUUGCCCGUUUCAGCGAGGCCCUCCUGGGCACGGCGUGCAUCCGGGCGUAUGGCCGUGAAGAACAAUUUGUCAGCAUGGUGCAUCGCGCGCUCGACGAUAUGGAUAGCGCAUAUUUCCUGACAUUUGCUAGCCAGCGCUGGCUGUCGGUCCGACUGGACAACAUCGGCGGCCUGUUGACUUUUGUGACGGGGGUGUUGGUGGUGACGAACAGUCUAUCGGUGUCUCCAAGUAUUGGUGGUUUGAUCUUGAGUUACAGUUUGAGCGUGGCCGGCAUUAUCCAAAUUACCAUCAAGUAUCUCGCCGAGGUGGAUAACUCCAUGUGCAGCACCGAGCGUCUGCAUCAGUAUACCUCGACAUUGGCGCAGGAAGCCCCGCUGGAGUGCGAACCCCGGGUGCGGGAGUCAUGGCCAGAAAAGGGGGAGAUUGUUUACGAGGCUGUACAGAUGCGAUACCGUCCGGAACUGCCCCUUGUUGUGGACAACUUCUCCCUGCACAUUCGUGCCGGCGAGCGCAUCGGCAUUGUCGGUCGCACAGGAGCUGGCAAGAGCACGAUUCUCUCAACCCUGUUCCGGUUGACGGAGCUUGCGGGCGGGCGUAUCCAGAUUGAUGGCGUCGACAUCAGUCGCAUCGGCCUGCACGAGUUGCGCUCACAGCUGGCCAUCAUCCCGCAGGACCCGACCUUAUUCAGGGGUACUAUCCGCUCUAACAUUGACCCGUUCAAUAAGCACACCGAUCUCGAGUUGUGGGACGUCCUGCGGCAGGCUUAUCUUCUUCCGAGGUCAGAUAGCGUCGAGGACCUCAAGAACGUCGAGGAUGACAGUUCGGAUUCCGAGACAGAUGAAACCAACAAGAGGAGCAACAACAACAACACCGCUCGUAUCACCCUCGACGGCCCCGUCUCAGAAGAAGGUCUUAACCUCUCGCUUGGCCAGCGUCAACUUCUCGCCCUAGCUCGCGCCUUGCUCCGAUCCACGCGCAUCGUCCUCGUCGAUGAAGGGACCAGCAGUGUCGACCCGGCGACUGAUGCACGGAUUCAGGAGACUCUUGCGAAUGGGCUGAAGGGCAAGACGCUGAUUGCUAUUGCCCAUCGGCUGCGCACGGUGUUGUUGUAUGAUCGGGUGUGUGUUAUGGAGCGGGGGAAGAUUGUGGAGUUGGGGAAUCCGAGGGCGUUGUGGGAGGGAGAAGGGGGGACGGGGGUGUUUAGGGGGAUGUGUGAUGCGUCGGGGAUUUCGGCGGAGGAUUUUGGGGGUGAUAGGAGGGAGGGGGAGGGUCAGUCGUAG